AACCUUACACAUACCCGUAACGAUGGUGGCAAAACAAAGGAUUCGCAUGGCCAACGAGAAGCACAGCAAAAACAUCACCCAAAGAGGCAAUGUCAAAACAUCGAAAAAUAACAACGAUGACAAAGUUUCAGUGGGACCAUGGCUCCUGGCACUCUUCAUCUUUGUUGUAUGCGGUUCAGCAAUAUUCCAGAUCAUUCAGAGCAUCCGAAUGGGAAUGUAACAAGAAGUGAGGUUCCACUGCCCAAUGGUGAUUCGGCAUUCCAGUGUCCACUUGCUGUUCCUGACUUUGCAACAGAGGAAAUCCUGUCGGUACCUUCAGUGGCUUCCAUUUAAUUUAAAUAAUUUCUGUUCCUUCUGUCAGAGGUUGACCAAUAUACAAUUCCUCUUUUGUGGCUUAUUGUAGUGAGGAAAUUUUGAAAGCUGUUAAUUGCAAUCUGUGAUCAGUUGCAAUUAUUGUGUUAAUAGGCUAAAUAAGCUAAACCUAGAAAUAUUGUAAGAUAUGUGAAGUUUUUUUUUAUAUUCCUCUGAUAUAAUUUUGCUUUUGCUUUGUUUUUUGUUUUCCUCUAAAAGAAGGGGCUUAUGGUAUCCCCCAACCUUUUAAUUUAAUAUUUAAACUGACCAAACAAUGGACACUUUGCACAAGGUGGAACUUUCAAAAGAAGAAACAUACCUGUAAAAACCAACAUCAUAAAAGAUGUAACACCUCUGACUUUCUUGAUCACAAAUGUAUUUUUCUUAAUUCCUUCCUGAUGCUGUGAUGGUUACGGCGUUUCUUAUAGCUGUUUCUGAAAAGUGGAUUGUCACUGGUUCCAGUGUUUGGGACUCUGUUAAGGGCUUCAUCUCAUUUUUGCUGCUCAGGCACAUAUUGCUCUUUGGCGCCCCGCCCCCCCAUGGGGGCAUUGACAUCUACAUUCUCAAAAUAGACUGAUGAUUCUUUUGGAUCAUAGGGACAGCCAAGUUGAAAUAAAAUGUCACUCAGAA